AUGUCAGACCUAUGGACAUCACUAGCCUUCGCCAUUGAUCCGAAAUCACAAGCCAUGCCGGCCGUCUUACAAUCAACCAUUCAUCUCCUGGAGAGUGAGCUGGUCAAGGCCCGUGCUGCCCUCCAAGAGAUUCAACCCAAUGCCUCGCCCUUUGGGUUUGGGGAUGAAGUCGCCGUAGGGGCCAUGGCCGCGUACCGGCAAGAUCUCAUCGGCCGGGCCCCCGAUUUCUACGGAUCCCGGCGGUUGACCCGCAAAGAAUUGGGCUUAGAGCCUACCGUGCGCGAUGUGCCUACGGAGCGGGUAUCAAAGACCGUCCCGGGACCCCGUCGAACAUCACUCGAGGACGUGCUGAGCAACAACUUGGUGCUGGAUCAGAUGGCCCCGUAUCUGUCGGUGCCGUCGCUGAUGGCUGUGAGCGCAACCUCCCGCCGCCUGCACACCGUGAUCACGCAGACUCCAUACGUGUUCCGACAGCUCGACUUGACCCGCUGCCAAGGAGCACAGCUCCCCGCGGGGUCACAGCCGAACGGAACGCAGACAGAAGAUGAGAUCCACUCGGCCCCAUUGAGGCAUAUCUUCAAGAGCUUGGAGCGCCAACACAUCCUACAGGAUGUGCGCACGCUGGUAUUGGAUGGGCUGUCAGUGCCCGCAGAUCUGGUGGCUCACAUCCUGUUGUCAGACCGGUUCAACGUCAAUAUCCUGUCCAUUCGCGAGUGUCGUAAUCUGAACGAACGCAGACUCAUGGAGAUCAUUCAGCAUGCCGUUCGCCCUACGCGCCCCGCCGGGACCCCUCGAGUAAAGGGGAUCUAUCAUUUCUCUCCGACACAAGCUCCCCAGGCAGUGGCUCGUCCCAAGUACCGGGAUUGGUGGUCGACACGAGUUCAAACCUCACGAAGCCCUAGCCAAACCCCGUCCAUAUCCGAGACGCCGGCAAAGCAGCAGAAUGAGUGGUACAGCCCUACUGGGAGGCUUUUCAAGCAUAGCCUGGAGGAGGGCUGGGCCCAGGUCCUCCAGGAGUGUGAGGGAAUUAUCGCCUUCGAUGCCACCUUGUGCCGGGGCCCGAAACACACGCCACAGCCAGAUGCCAUAGAUCCGGUGCAGGUCCCUGGGCCUGCCGUGGCCACCGUUGCUCUUGGCCCUAGCGGAUGCGACGGUUGUCACAGCUCCCCCGAGGGCCCAGCGAUCUGGGGUCAAUCGCCGGACGUUCACUUCCCGCUGCUCAGCCCCACGCCGCUCCAUUCCUCAAGCCUGACAGCGGCCAAACGGCCAGAGUUGAUUCCCGGGGAGCACCCAGUGCUCAUUGCUCGGUGUGCAGAUUGCCUCACCAACCGGUGGUGUCACCGAUGCAACAAGUGGUUCUGUGGAAACUGUCUCCCUCACCCACAGCGAAUCCAAGUGAAUCUAUCCCCCCACCAAACUGCCCAUGCCACCUCUACUGAAUCCGAAGAACGUGAGUGUGCUUCAUGUAAACGCGAAUGCCAACACACUUGCCAAGGGUGCCAUGGCGAUUACUGCAUUCAACAUAACGAGGGAUGCUCAAAGACAUUAUGCGACUGGUGCAACACCAGUUCCCGUGGUCGAAUGCGUGGCAACUUUUGA